AUGUCGCCGCCGCCUUUAAAUGCUCGGGCUUGGCGUCGCCGCUGUUGCGGUGUUGGCGGCGGCGGCGGCGGCGGCGGCGGGCUGGGCAGGGCUACUGCUCCCGGGCGCCGGCGGCGGCGGCGGCUGCUGCUGCUCACGAUGAGGGCUGCCGUCGCUCUGCUCACCGUGCUCGCCAGCCUGCUCCUCUUCCUCUACCUCCUGUGGCUCACAGCCGACGGGCCCCUGAGCUCCAGGGACUGGAAAGGCGAAGCCAAGAAAGCCGUCAACUUUAGCCCCGAAGUGCCCGGCAAGCCCAGUUUGCCUUUUGCACCGGCCGCCCUCUCCACGAACAGCACAAAUCUGGGCAUAAAAAAGCCACUCCACUUGCCACCAGAAUGCAAAACCCUACAAGACACACUUCGAUCUUCAUUUACAAAAAAGAAAAGGUAUUCAGAAGAUUAUUACCUUGAGAUUAUUACAAAUGUACAGAACUGCAGAUGGCAACGGCAGCCUGAAGAGUAUAAGAAAUUUAGGUCAAAACUCGCUUCUUGCUGUGACGCUACGCACAACCUUGUCAUUUCUCAAAAUAACACUCCACUUGGGAGUAACAUGAGUUAUGAAGCGGAGAGGGCCAGCUUCCUGAUCGAAAAGGGCAUUUUUCGAAUGUUGCCAGUGUCACAGCCAUUUGUGGGGCGUCCCUUUAAUCAGUGUGCAGUGGUUGGAAAUGGGGGAAUCCUGAGGGACUCUAUCUGUGGAGCUGAAAUAGACAAGUCUGACUUUGUUUUUAGAUGUAAUCUCCCCCCAAUCACAGGAAAUAUUAGCAGAGAUGUUGGCAAUAAAACCAAUCUGGUCACUGUUAAUCCCAGCAUCAUUGGACGCAAGUACGGUGAAUUAAACGUAAAUAAAUCGGCAUUUCUGAACAGCAUGGCUACCUAUGGAGAGGCGUUCCUCAUCCUGCCAGCAUUUUCCUUUAGGAGAAAUACUGAUGUUUCUUUUGAAGUUUACCACACACUCCAUGGUUUUAAAGCCAAACAGAAGGCUAUAUUUUUUCAUCCCAAGUACCUGAAAAGCCUUGCCCAGUUCUGGAGAACUAAAGGUGUGCACGCCUUUCGCUUGUCCUCUGGCUUAAUGAUCACAAGUGCUGCCAUUGAACUGUGUGAGAACGUGAAGUUGUAUGGAUUUUGGCCUUUCUCCAAGACCACAAAUGACACCCCCAUCAGCCAUCACUACUAUGACAACGAAUUACCGAAACCUGGUUUCCACGCGAUGCCCAUAGAAUAUAGAGAAAUUCUCCAGCUUCAUGGGAAAGGUGUCCUCAAGUUACAGUUUAGUAAAUGUGAAGCAUCUUGAACAAGGUGGUGACUUCCAUCAGAAGAUUUUCUAUGUUUCAGCACUAGUGGUUUGACUUGAUGUUGUUUUUGUGAACACUAAGCUGCAUUUGAAUAGCUAUACAAACAAGUUUGGACAUUCUUCAAAACAUACAAAGUAGUCUCUUCCCUGAGGAGUUAACUGUGUUAUUUCAUGGGCAAAGCAUUAUUAUCAUCACAUGGUUGUUGUGUCCAAUACUUGGCUAGACCUUGGGGACACUAAGAAGUCCAAGACAGUUUCUGCCCUUGGGCAGUUUAUUAUCUGUGCUAGGUGGCAUAAAAUUGAAUUUUUCAUGUUUGAAUGUUUUAUUAAAAUGAAACUAUCUCUUUUGAAUAGUAAAAGUCCAUGUCCUUCAGGAAAAGAUGAAUGGUUCUAUCAGAUAUUAGACCAACUUAGAAUCCACAGAAAGAAAAGGCCUGUGUUUGUAUUGGGACAUUAAAUGCUUUUUGGUUUGAAUGCUGGCCUCAUGUUCUGCUUUCUAAUUAUACCUAUUUAUGUAAGUUUUAAGCAUAUCCAAAAAAAUAUUAGGCAAAUAAACCUACCUCCCCACACUCCUUCUUUGCUCCCUGUCAUAAUACUGUCACCAGGAAGAGUGGAAGCAGUUGAGGAAAGAAAGGACUAGGUUGGCAUGCUGAAAUUAUCUAUAUCACCUUUAAAUUCCAGCCUCAGCCAGUCCAUUAUGUCUUACUGAAAGUUCCUUUUUCCACAGGCUCUGAUGUACUCAUUUUGAUUAAGCACAAUCUCAGCUUGGUCAUAUUCGUGUGGUUCAUAGCCUGUGUGGUUCUCUUUUGAUUAUUUUCAUCUUAAUGUAUUUUUGACACAUAAAUGGGUUUUCGUUUAUAGCACAAAAGAGAAGCCUCCAUUAGCCCUCUGAGGUGAUCCAAUGAAGUUCACUUAAGUAAUGAGCUUUUACAAAAAAAUGGAAAAUGACUUCAUGUUGCAUCAAACUCAUUUUCUUUAAUUGCUUCUUUGAGGUGCCUGGGACUAUUCGUUUAUAAGAGCCCAGCCUUGUUUCAUUUGGCUUUUGGCUGAUUUUGUUGGUGCUUUUCGAAAUCAGCUGCUCAUAUCUGUUUGUGGGCUUGGCCACUUGGCUGAUGGAAGAUUGUGUGAAUCUAAGUAUUUACACUACCUUUUCCCAAGAUGGCAUUUUCCAAAAGAUGUUUUCUGGACAACUGGAACAUCAAUUUUCCUUCGCUAGGAUACUCAAAAUUGUGAUCAUUAUAGAGUGAAAGCAAGAAAAUAUACUGGAGUAAAUCAUUAUCUAAAGAACAUAGAGAAUGUCAUAUGUGAGUUUAUUUUAAAAUGACACCACAUUGGAAUAUUUUAAAGCUGGCUGCAGUUUUUCCUAUUCGGUUGCUGUGACAAUUUUAACUUAUAUGGAGUUUUAGGGUAGAAGUGAUUAGGAUUUGGUUUUACUAUAGUUUUGCAUCAGUUCUCUCCAUUGAUUUCAGAAUUUUCACUGUUACUGAGUGAAGGAAGGAUAGUGGCCUGGGGAUUCUCACAUGCCACAAGUCAGCAUAAACCCAAAGUGAGGAGGGCUGGGGUGGAGGAACAUUAGGAGAAAGAGAGUACAUUCCACAUUAGCUCGCCCAAAGUUUGCUGCUUAUUUAGCAUCUACAGCUGCUAUCCAAAGAACUUGCUCGUAAACUCUUCAUUUUAAACUUUCCUCAAAGGGGUAAAUUUCCAUUCUUCUAAUCUCCACUCCAAGCUGGGCCAUCUGCUAUCAUGACUUCUUAGUGGUCCGCAGCUAUCCAUUGUUGGAAGCUGAUUUCCAAUGAGCUCUUUGAGUGUUUUUUCUGUCCUCUCUGCUUGUGAUGAGCACAUGUCCAUUCACUAUAGGCUAGCUGCUUCUAGAUCCUGCUGUGGCUCAUUUCUUACACGUGUGUAGUGAUGCUGUGUUGUGACUAAUGUGCAUCGCUUCAGUGAGGGCAUCUUAGGACCUCACUGCUGGUCGAUUUGUCCUGUAUGUAUGUUUUGAUCUUCCUGGUUUGGCUCACUACUUAUUUGCUGGUCAUCAUCAGUUUAUGUACCUAACUUGUAGAAUUGCAUGGUAACUAACAUCUGUAUUUCCAAUAAAAAUUUUAGGUUGUGUGUAAAAGCUU